GUAUGUAGCCUAUUCCGCCCCUCGUUCCCUCACGGUGCUGAACUCGACGCGAGAGGCACAAUUUAAGGUAAAAAAAGAGCGCUGGAAUUGAUUUGCAUUGUUUUAGAAAUAAGUACUUCGUUCAAAGCUAAGUAGAAAGGUCGUUAUAUUUGCAGUAACAAUCACGAGAACAGUCGAGUGGAAAAAGUCAGUGGAUUCAACGUUUAUUGAGACAUUUGCUGAUAAGGGCAGGAUUGGCCAUGCCAUUUGGCUGUUUGACGCUCGGGGAAAAGAAGGAUUACAACAAUCCCUCAGAGGUGACAGAUAAAUAUGACCUGGGACAGAUUGUUAAAUCAGAGGAGUUCUGUGAGAUCUUCAGGGCCAAGGACAAAAAUACACUGAAAAUGUUUACUUGUAAAAAGUUCCUGAAAAAGGAUGGAAGGAAAGUUCGGAAGGCUGCAAAAAACGAGAUCCUUAUUUUAAAGAUGGUGAAGCACCCCAAUAUUCUUCAGCUGGUGGAUUUCUAUAAGACCAGAAAAGAGUACUUCCUCUUUCUUGAACUUGCUACUGGCAGAGAGGUAUUUGAUUGGAUCCUGGACCAGGGCUACUAUUCAGAGCGCGACACCAGUAAUGUGGUCCGUCAGGUGUUGGAGGCCGUGGCCUAUCUUCACUCCCUGCACAUUGUCCACAGGAACCUCAAGCUGGAGAAUUUGGUGUACUUCAACCGCCUGAAGCACUCUAAAAUAGUGAUCAGUGACUUCCACCUGGCAAAGCUGGAGACCGGGCUCAUCAAAGACCCCUGUGGAACCCCAGAGUACCUUGCACCAGAAGUGGUUGGGAGACAGAGAUACGGCAGGCCAGUGGACUGCUGGGCCCUGGGUGUCAUCAUGUACAUACUGCUUUCAGGCAACCCUCCUUUCUAUGAGGAAACUGAUGAUGAUGAUUAUGAAAACCACGACAAGAACCUGUUCAGGAAGAUCUUGGCGGGGGACUAUGAGUUUGAUUCUCCGUACUGGGACGACAUCUCAGAGUCAGCAAAAGGCCUGGUCGCCCGUAUGAUGGAGGUAGACCAGGAUCAGAGGCUGACUGCUCAGGAGGCCAUCAACCAUGAGUGGAUCUCUGGAAAUGCAGCCUCAAAUAAGAAUAUUAAGGAUAAUGUCUGCGCACAGAUAGAGAAGAACUUUGCUAAAGCUAAGUGGAAGAAAGCGGUGCGGGUUACUACCAUCAUGAAGCGACUGAGAGCUCCAGAACAGAGUGCUGACUCGGGGGCAACCAUCCCAGCAGUAGUAACCAGCUCUGCAGCAGGAGAACCCUCCCCAGCUCCAGCAGACCCCCAGGCUCUCAGUGACCCCUCUACAGUUACCGCUGCUGCAGCCCCCGAGGGGGAACCUGCUGCUGUCAAAGAGCCCCCUGCUGGCAUGGAGGCCGUGGCGUGUGAUGCCACUCCCCAUGGUGCAGCAGAGGUCACAGCUCCACCCCUGGCCCCUGAGGAGGCCAGCCCAGUGGAGGCCCCAGUUGAAGCCCCGGAGGAGGUUGAUCCGUUGUCACUGUGUAACGGAGAGUCCCCGACUCCCCUCCAACCAGCAACUGAAGUUGACGAUGGGCAGGUUUAGACGGUGAACUCCCUCCUAUGACCUCCUUCACUCCCAGCGAUCGUCUUUCCUGCACACUAGCAUGGUGACACUGACUUAUCUCUCUCACUUGCAGCAUGAGUAACAUCUCAGAGCCUUUGUCCUAUCUUUCCUGAGUGUUGAAUUGAUCUGGCUACAUGUAUUCUGUGUUUUUGAAACAUCCCUCUGGCCUUACAGGGGCUUUUUGUGUCUAAUGCAGCGCAGCUAACAGCUACAUAUUUUCCUCUGAACUCUCCCCUUUAAAGCAUAUGGAAAUAUGUAAUUGUACCAAACCUGCUUUGGGAACAUUUUUACCCAGUCCUACUCUCACAGUAUUCCAAUGCAUUAUCAUGGCAUACAAUAAGGUAAUGAACAGCUUGGCUUUGCUCUUGUAGUGUUGAUUUUACACAAUGAUCUGUAGCAUUCCUCCUUUACACCCCUCUCUACACAUGGAAAGAUCCUGUUUGAUCUCUUUUUCGGGGGUGAACAUUGCUCUCUUUGUUAUUUGUUGUAUACACUCAUCAGUAGUUUUGUCUGUGCUGCAGCAGUUAUGUUUACUGGGGGAUGCAGCAGGCCCAGUGUAAGUGAAAGGCAGCAUCCACAACAUGCUGGGUUAAAUGCGAAAGACAUAUUUCAGUUGAAUGCAUUCAGUUUACCAACUGACUAGGUAUCCCCCAAUCCCUUUCCCUCGCCAGCUUUCUGCUUAGGAAGGCACCACGUGGCUGUCAGUGUAAAGAUUCUGUAUAUAGAGACCUUUGUAGAAGUAGUCAAAACGGCAUGCAUUCUUAACUUUUGCUGUUAAUUUCAAAAUUAUAAGCACUUGGUGGAAAGAACGUGGUAAUCCUGCUAACAUUAAGGUCUUUCUGUUCGUUAGGCUCCAAGUGGAGGGCACUGUUGAUGCUAAUGUAUUGUUCAAAUAAACUUCUAACUAUUCAUAUCAUACAUCAAGUGCCACUACUCUAAAUGUACGAUAUAUUAAAUGAGUUGUGUUUGUUACACAGUAGUUUCUAUGCAUCUAGAAUUCAUUUUGUAGCUCAUCUUUAUGAAUUUCACGGCAGGCCUCAGUCAUAACAUAUCUUCAUCUAUCCUAUGCGAUUAGAUCAACUUCUAUAAAAUGUCUUCUUUUUUUUUUCAUUCCGUUUCUGGUUUAACAGUUCUUCUGGCUUAUUUAUUCUUAUACAUCCUAAAGUACGUAGAUCCAUUUGUAAAUAAAAUAUAAUUUAGCCUACAAGGAUCAAUCAUGAUAUUCUUUUCACAGUUGUAUAACAUUAGAUAGUGACUGUGUAAAGCACCACCUGUAAAAGCCAUUUUUUCCCCCCCUCCAGCUUUUUUUUAACAAGUUGUUGUUGAAACAACAGGAAACAGAAUAAUUAAGAGCAAUUGAGAGCAAUUGUGUUAAAAACAUCUUUCAUAUUUUUGCAAACAUACUGUAUGUAUAUGUUUAUUUAUCUAUUUAUUCAUAGGUUUAAUUAUUCUCAAGAUAUUCAUAACGAUAACAAAAACAUAAUAUUAGUCGGUCUUUGGUCCCUUUCAGUAUAGUCAAUAACGAGGUACUGCAAGAGUUCUCUGUAAUCACCGUAAGUUGAGCAAUAUUCUACUUGCUGCCGAAACUGUGAUUCUUCGCUUGGUGUCCUCUAUAAACUGCAUGUGUGUACCUGUAAGUUAAAAGCCUAUAGACUUUGACAACAGUCAAUACCCUGUCCAGACAGUUAGUCAAAUAACACAUGGCCAGUGUCAAACCAGGCGGAGCCUAGAUCAUAUUAGUCAUGCUUCUGACUUGGGUCCAAUCUUUCUGUUUAUAGUACCAGCCAUCUGUGCAGAGGGUGGCUCCUUCCUUGAUCCUGCAAGACAGUGAUGUUACUGUGAGCAAACAGUAGCUAUUAUACACACUUUAAUUAUACAGUGUAUUAAUGUAUUUGUUGUCAAGGGACUAUGCUUCUGUGUUCACCUGCACGUUCUAUGGAAGUAUGUAUUAAAGAAAAGUUUGAGCAAUUAUUUUCAAUGAAAGGCAGGAAGUCAAAUCAAAUUUGCUACUUCAAAGUUAUUGCUCCCCAGUCUAUUGCUUAUGCAUGUCUCUGACACCUACGAGAACAUAUAUACUGUAUAUAUACAUAACCAGUCAAAAGUUUGGACACACCUGCUCAUUCAAGGGUUUUUCUUUAUUUUUUACUAUUUUCUACAUUGUAGAAUAAUAGUGAAGACAUCAAAACUAUAAAAUAACACAUAUGGAAUCAUGUAGUAACCAAAAAGUGUUAAACAAAUCAAAAUAUAUUUUAUAUUUGACAUUCUUCAAAGAAGCCACCCUUUGCCUUGAUGACAGCUUUGCACUCUCUUGGCAUUCUCUCAACCAGCUUCACCUGGAAUGCUUUUCCAACAGUCUUGAAGGAGUUCCCACAUAUGCUGAGCACUUCUUGGCUGCUUUUAUUUCACUCUGCGGUCCAACUCAUCCCAAACCAUCUCAAUUGGGUUGAGGUCCGGUGAUUGUGGAGGCCAAGUCAUCUGAGGCAGCACUCCAUCACUUUCCUUCUUGGUCAAAUAGGCUUUACACAGCCUGGAGGUGUUUUGGGUCAUUGUCCUGUUGAAAAAUAAAUGAUAGUCCCACCAAGCGCAAACCAGAUGAGAUGGUAUAUCGCUGCAGAAUGCUGUGGUAACCAUCCUGGUAAAGUGUUCCUUGAAUUUUAAAUAAAUCACAGAUGGUGUCACCAGCAAAGCAACUCCACACCAUCACACCUCCUCUCCUCCGUGCUUCACAAUGGGAACCACAUAUGCAGAGAUCAUCUGUUCACCUACUCUGCGCCUCACAAACCCACGACCAUUGGAACCAAAAAUCUCAAAUUUGGACUCAUCAGACCAAACAACAGAUUUCCACUGGUCAGAUGUCUAUUGCUUGUGUUUCUUGGCCCAAGCAAGUCUCUUCUUCUUAUUGGAUUCCUUUAUUAGUGGUUUCUUUGCAGCAGAGGUAACUUCGAGUCUUCCUUUCCUGUGGCGGUCCUCAUGAAAGCCAGUGUCAUUAUAGCGGUUUAUGGUUUUUGCGACUGCACUUUGUCUUAAAGUAAUGAUGGACUGUCAUUUCUCUUUGUUUAUUUGAGCUGUUCAUGCCAUAAUAUGGACUAAAAUAUGGAUUUUACCAAAUAGGGCUAUCUUCUGUAUACCACCCCUACCUUUUCACAACACAACUGAUUGGCUCAAACGCAUUAAAGAAAAAAAUUCCAAAAAAUUAACAAGGCACACCUGUUAAUUGAAAUGCAUUCCAGGUGACUACCUCAUGAAGCUGGUUGAGAGAAUGCCAAGAGUGUGCAAAGCUGUCAUCAAGAUAAAGGGUGGCUACUUUGACUGGUACGGUGUGUGUGUGUAUAUAUAUAUAUAUAUAUAUAUAUAUAUAUAUACUGAUUGAUUGAUAUGCAUAUUCAAAUACAUUAUUGAGAUAUAGCAUUACACAAUGUCUUCAUUUUGCCAGAACAUUUUGAUUUCCAUGAAAAGCUUAACAGCAAUAUUUAAAAACAUGUGUGAGAAUAUACCAUCCUCUUACUUAUGACCGCAAAUAAAUACUGUUACACAAUCUUAAGCAAUGCUUUGUUUCAGUGCCACUGUAUUUAGUAUUCCAUGUCUGUUCAUUUCAUUGCUCUUUCUGAUGUACCUUUUAUUUCUCAAUUUAAUGGUCAUCUAGACCAGUGGUCACCUGUAGGUCCUGACUGUCUCUCAUUUGUAGGCUCUGUACUGUACUCCUUGACUGAGUUCAUGACUUUGAUGGUAAUAAAAGUAUACUCAUGGAA